UCAGCUGGUAAAAAUAUUACUCCGUACCACACCUCGGUGGAGAGAGAGAGAGAGAGAGAGAGAGAGAGGAAUCGCUGAGAGAGCUGAGACGGAAAGCGAGCAGUGUGUGUUGGUUUUGGGAAGGACGAAGAAUCGUUUGCUUCUCCGAAUCCCAUUUUUCUCCUCGCACUGGAAAAAGAGAGAGAGAAAUCUGAAAACCUGAAACCAAUGCGUAUCUCGCCGACUACGAAUCCACGAUCUCCUGACGAAACGCCGUCGCUUCAAUCCCAAACGCGAUCGUUGAUGUAGUUUUUUUUUUUUUUUUUAAACUCUCGACUUCGAUACCUAUUACUCGGCUUAAUCUGCGGGAUGAACGGCGGUGACGGGGGAGAAGAGGUCGCUGGAGCUGCGGCGGGCCCGCCGCCGCCGCUCGAGUGGAAAUUCUCCCAGGUUUUCGGCGAGCGGACUGCCGGCGAGGAAGUUCAAGAAGUCGAUAUAAUUUCAGCAAUUGAGUUUGAUAAAACCGGUGAUCACCUUGCAACUGGUGACCGUGGGGGCAGAGUCGUAUUAUUUGAGAGAACGGAUAGAAAGGAGGAUGGCGGAAGCCGAAGGGAUCUAGAGAGGACAGAUUACCCAAUUAGCAGACAUCCAGAGUUUCGCUAUAAAACUGAGUUCCAGAGCCACGAACCUGAGUUUGAUUAUCUUAAGAGCUUGGAGAUUGAGGAGAAAAUCAACAAGAUCAGAUGGUGCCAAAUGGCUAAUGGUGCCUUGUUUCUUCUAUCUACUAAUGAUAAAACUAUUAAGUUUUGGAAGGUGCAAGAGAAGAAGGUCAAGAAAAUUUCUGAAAUGAACGUUGACCCUUCCAAAGCUGUUGGAAAUGGUUGCAUUCCCAGUUCAAGUGUCUCUUCCACCCCUAGACCGUAUGCUGCAAAUGGAGGAUACCCAGAUAAAUCGUAUAAUUAUUUGAGCAAUGACUUGUCAUUCCAACCGGGAGGCUCUCAGUCUCUACGUUUGCCUAUGGUAACAAGUCAUGAGACCAGCCUUGUGGCGAGAUGUAGGAGGGUUUAUGCCCAUGCCCAUGACUAUCAUAUCAAUUCUAUUUCAAAUAACAGUGAUGGAGAAACAUUUAUCUCUGCUGAUGAUCUGCGAAUUAACCUUUGGAACUUGGAAAUUAGCAAUCAAAGUUUCAAUAUUGUUGAUGUGAAGCCUACAAACAUGGAGGAUCUAACUGAGGUGAUAACAUCUGCAGAGUUCCAUCCUACCCAUUGUAACACGUUAGCGUAUAGUAGUUCAAAAGGAUCAAUUCGUCUUAUUGAUUUGCGGCAAUCAGCUCUGUGUGACACACAUGCUAAAUUGUUCGAGGAACAGGAGGCACCUGGUUCAAGAUCCUUUUUCACCGAAAUUAUAGCCUCAAUAUCAGAUAUUAAAUUUGCAAAGGAUGGAAGAUUUAUUCUCAGUCGAGAUUACAUGACUCUUAAGCUAUGGGAUAUCAAUAUGGAUUCAGGUCCAGUUUCAACCUUCCAAGUUCACGAGUAUCUAAGACCCAAGCUAUGUGAUCUGUACGAAAAUGAUUCCAUCUUUGAUAAAUUUGAGUGUUGCUUGAGUGGUGACGGGCAGCGUGUGUCAACUGGUUCUUACAGCAAUCUAUUCCGUGUUUUUGGUUGUUCCGCGGGCAGUUCUGAAGCAACUAGUUUGGAAGCCAGCAAAAACCCAAUGAGGAAACAAGUUCCAACCCCUUCGAGGCCAUCCAGAUCCCUCGGCAGUAUUACACGUGUUGUCAGACGAGGAGCUGAAAGUCCAGGAGUCGAUGCAAAUGGGAAUUCCUUUGAUUUCACUACAAAGUUGCUCCACCUAGCAUGGCACCCAUCUGAAAACUCAAUUGCUUGUGCUGCUGCAAAUAGCCUGUACAUGUAUUAUGCAUGAAGAAAACUGUCCAGCAAGAGAUUUAUUGUCAGCAGUUAAAAUUUUUCCGAGUUGCUGUUAGAGAAAGCUCUUUCCCUUUUGGUGCGCCAACCAGCAACGGGGGGGAUUCAAGAUUCAUAAAUAUGUAGAAUGUGCAUUAAAUAUCGAGGUCCAGAAGUUGUGGACUCAAAAUCGAUAACAAAGCAAGCAACCUGUCUUUAUCUCCCUGGGUAGAUUGCUUGCUUCCCGCUACCUCUACUCCCAGUUUCGGAUUAACCCUCCCUCCAUUUCUUUUAUUUUUUGACCCUUUUCUUCUCAAUGGAAAAGGGGCAGUUAUGUUCUGUUAUUGUGUUGGGUUGAAUUCAGGAAAAAUAUGAUUGUAGCUCUCCUACGACAGAAACUUCGCAGGGAUGUCCAAUACUGCCACUAGUUUUUAAGAUUAAGAUGUAAUUUUGGUGGAAUCAUGCUGGGAGAAGCUCUGCUAACAUGCAGUGCAUAAAGGGUUUUUUUUUGUCUUCCUUCUUUUUCUUGGGGUUAUGGUUAAAAUUCUUUGUUGUAGGAUAUGAUCUUACGCUGUUUUUGUUAUAGUUCUGCAAUUCAAGUAUUUUUUUUUGUUGUUGUAACAUUAGUUAGAUGGCUAUGGGUUCAAUGGAUUCUAUUUCUGAAUGCAAGUUGCUGAAUUAUGCUGUGGCCAUGUAGUUGGCUAUGUUGUUCUUGGGUAACGUGAAUAAUAUUUAUUUUAUGCUUUA